CAGUCCUUGUUUACCCCUUACAAUCUACGGAAGAGCGGUGUGACCUUAUCGCUGAGCAACCUCUUCAAACCAGCCGCUAACGACGAGCAUAAUCAUUUAUUUAUUAUUGCAUACUUGCACAUCAGUUUUUUCCGCCCCAUAUCUUUAUAGCAUGGCGUACCACCCUGAGUUUAAGAGGGCCGGGAAGAAGCCUGGCCUCCAGGUGUGGAGAGUUGAGAGUCUGGACCUGGUGGCCGUGCCAGAGAGUCUGCAUGGCGGGUUCUACUCAGGGGACGCAUACCUUGUUCUCAAUACCAUCAAGCAACGUUCUGGGCAUCUACAGUAUGACCUUCACUUCUGGCAAGGAGAUGACUGUACACAAGAUGAAAGUGGAGCAGCAGCCAUUUUUACCAUUCAAAUGGAUGACUACCUGGGUGGCAAACCUAUUCAGUACCGUGAGGUGCAGGGUUAUGAGUCAAGAACAUUUUCAGGCUACUUCAAAACUGGACUGAAGUACAUGAAAGGGGGUGUGGCUUCAGGGUUCAAGCAUGUGGUGUCCAAUGAGGUGAAGGUGCAGCGUGUGCUCCAGGUCAGGGGUCGGCGUGUGGUUCGAGCCACAGAGGUAGCAGUCAGUUGGGACAGCUUCAACCAGGGAGACAUCUUUAUCCUCGACCUGGGCAAAGAGAUUUAUCAAUGGUGUGGUUCCAAGGCCAAUCACUUUGAGAAGCUGAAGGCCACUCAGGUGUCAAAGGAUAUCCGUGACAACGAGCGAUGUGGGCGGGCUGAGUUGUAUAUAUGUGACGAGGGGGCAGAACGUGAGAAGAUGCUGGAGAUUCUUGGACCCAAACCCGAUUUGCCUGAGGCAAAUACAGAUGACACAAAUACAGACGUGUCCAAUAGGAAGCUGGCGAAAUUAUACAAGGUGUCUAAUGCCAGGGGGGAUAUGGGCAUGGAUAUGGUAGCAUCGGAGAACCCGUUUUCACAGAAUGCCCUGGAGUCAAGUGACUGCUUUAUCCUGGACAAUGGCCCCAAUGGCAUGAUCUUUGUCUGGAAAGGUAAGGAUGCUAACAAAGAGGAGAGAAGUGCGGUGAUGAGUGCUGCCGAACAGUUUAUCACAAAGAUGGGCUACCCGAAACACACCCAGAUCCAGAUCCUACCUGAGAAUGGGGAGACCCCUCUGUUCAAGCAGUUCUUCAAAAUCUGGCGUGACACGGACCAUACAGUGGGGUUGGGAACAGUCUACGUGUCCAACAAAAUUGCCAAGAUCAAGAAGGUGCCCUUCGAUGCCUCCACUCUCCAUCACUCGGACGCCAUGGCGGCUCAGCAUGGGAUGGUGGAUGAGGGGAAUGGAGAGAAGCAGAUCUGGCGUAUUGAGGGAGCUGACAAGGUGCCUGUGGAGCCCUCCACCUAUGGACGAUUCUAUGGGGGAGACAGCUACAUCAUCCUCUACAACUACCAGCAUGGAGGCCGUAACGGACAGGUCAUCUACAUGUGGCAAGGAGUGGAUUCUAGCCAGGAUGAAAUUGGAGCCUCAGCCAUCUUGGCUGCUCAGCUGGAUGACGAGUUGGGAGGAGGGGCAGUACAGGUGCGGGUGAUCCAGGGUAAGGAGCCCGCCCACCUCAUAAGUCUUUUCGGGGGGCAGCCGAUGGUAGUGCACCAGGGUGGUACCUCCAGAGAGGGUGGCCAGGCCCACGCUGCAGACACACAGCUGUUCCAGGUGCGGUCCAACGCUGCUGGCUGCACACGCGCCAUAGAGGUUGAUGCUGCUGCCUCAAAUCUGAACUCCAACGAUGCCUUUGUGCUGGUGACCCCGGCAUCCUCCUUCAUAUGGGUGGGAAAGGGGACAAGUGACAGUGAGAAGCAUGGUGCUCAAAAGCUAAGUGACCUUCUAGGGGUCUCGGCCUCAGAGCUGGACGAGGGUGAAGAAGCAGAUGACUUUUGGGAUGCUCUGGGGGGUAAAGCGGACUACCAUACCUCAGCCAGACUGAAAAACAAAAUGGACGUUCAUCCACCACGCCUGUUUGCCUGCUCCAACAAAACUGGCCAGUUCGUUAUUGAAGAGGUGCCUGGGGAGAUGACACAAGAAGACCUGGCCCCAGAUGAUGUCAUGCUCUUGGACACCUGGGAACAGAUCUUUGUUUGGAUCGGUGAUGAAGCUCAUGAGGAGGAGAAGACCGAGGGUAUGGCCUCAGCCGUUCGUUACAUAGAGACAGACCCUACCAAGCGGGACAGCAGUACGCCCAUAGUGAAGUUAAAGCAAGGGCAUGAGCCUCCCACGUUCACUGGCUGGUUCUUGGGCUGGGACCAUGGGUACUGGAGCAGUGAUCCCCUUGAACGGGCCAUGGCUGGUCUGUGUGUCUGAACCCAUCCAGUGUGAGGUUUCCCCUAGGGGCAACUUCACCCAAAGCUUCUACUUGACUCAUUUGUGCAACUAACUAGGUAUCCCCUUUCAACUGUUAGACUGGGUACCAAUUUGUGAUGGAUAAUAUACUCUCUUGACACUAUUGCUGUUUUGAUCUUAGGGUUUUCUUGGAGAGAGAAAAUAUUCAUGUAAUCCACACUACACAGUUGAGUUAUUUCCUUUCCUUCUACGCUAAUACUGUUAGCCCAUGUAUCUUUAGCAGUACGUUACUACAUCUGUAAUAAAUGGGACAAGGGUUUCUUCACUUCUGUAGCAUGCCGAGUUCAGAUAUUCCUGUCAUGCUGACAGUGGACGGAAACAGAAAAACAUCAACAAAGCACAACUGGAAGCAGUCAAAUAUAUUCACAAAACGAAAUAAAAUAUGAUGCUCUACA